GCAAUGGGCUCUCGCCAUUUCCCAGCCCGGACUGUCCUGUUCGAAAGGGAGACAAGUGGAGUCACUUAUCGGGUGCCAGCGCUACUCCAUAUCCCUUGUGUAUCCAAGCUGUUGGCUUUUGCAGAGGAGCGGCUGAGCAUUGAUGAUGCUCAUGCUAACCUCCUAGUGCUGAGAAGAGGCACCUUCUACAAGAACUUUGUGGAGUGGGAAGAUAUGCGAGCCCUUGAAACAGCAACUCUGGCACAUCACCGGUCUAUGAACCCUUGUCCCAUCUAUGACGAGCUUACAGGCAUGGUUUUCCUCUUUUUCAUUGCUGUGCUGGGAAGAACUCCUGAAGCCUUUCAGAUCCUCACAGGCCAAAAUGCUGCCCGUCUUUGCUACGUGUCUAGUUCUGACCAGGGCAACAGCUGGAGCCAUGUGACUGACCUCACCCAGCAAGUUAUUGGUGUGGCCAUUGAAGACUGGGCCACUUUUGCCCUAGGCCCUGGGCAUGGCAUUCAGCUCAAGUCAGGCCGCCUCCUCUUACCUGCCUACGCUUACCACAUUGACUGCAAAGAGUGCUUUGGGAAGCUCUGCAAAACCACACCCCACGCGUUUACCUUUUACAGUGAUGACCAUGGACAGAACUGGCACUAUGGUGAAUUCAUCCCAAACCUGCAGACCGUGGAGUGCCAGCUGGUGUCAGUAGAUGAAGAGGAUGGAAGCAAUGUACUCUACUGCAACGCCAGAAGCCCCCUGGGCUUCCGGGUGCAAGCGCUCAGCACAGAUGAUGGAGCAGUAUUUCAUUCAGGGGAGCUGGUGCAGCGGCUUGUAGAGACCCCUCACGGUUGCCAUGGCAGUGUCAUUGGGUUCCCAGCUCCACUUUACUAUAUGAAUCACAGCGUUGACAGGUUCUGGAGAGCAAAAUGGCCAAUUAAAGGAACAGACUUCCUAUCACAGCAGGGAAUGGAAGAAAGACACCCUCCUUGUCCUACUUCAUUCACCACGUCUCUCUGCCAUUCAUCUCUGUGUCAUCAAGAACAGCAGGAGAAGAUUGCCUCAUCUAGAUUUUCUGGGGGCCAGCACAGCAAUGUUCAUGCUCCCACUCCCUCAACUACAACACACAACAAUCAAUACUGUAAUAAAGCCAGUAGUCCACCCAAAUCAGACAUUUAUUUCCAGAUCCCAACAUGGGUGCUGUAUUCCCAUCCAACAAGUUCCAGAUCCCGAGUCAACCUGGGGGUUUACCUCAGCACAUUUCCCAGGGAGGCUGACAGCUGGAGUGAGCCCUGGAUUAUUUAUGAAGGGCCCAGUGCCUAUUCGGACCUGACCUACAUUGAACUGCCUUACUCAGAGUUCUCAAUAACAGGGAUCCCAGCCAUAGCCUUUGCCUGCUUGUAUGAGAAUGGAGUGCGUUCGCCUUAUGAACAAAUCUCCUUCAGCAUGUUUACCUUACAUGAAGUUCUUCAGAACAUUCCUCUGGAAACUUCUUCCCUGGGAUUGAAGCAGUUAUCAACUGCAAGAAAAAGGAAGAGGAAGAGCUGCAUUCUUUCUUAAAGCUCAUUAUCAGAGGUGGAAAAGGUACUUUCUGAGAGCAUGGAAACCCAAGUACCUUAGCCAGCAUGUUCUCACAAAUGAGGGUAAAACUAGACGGGAUGGGUGAAUAGGUGAUUAGAAACUAUGCUAAAGCUUCCUUUCCAUUUAAUUUUCAUUCACUUGAA